CAGGGUACAUGGGGAGAAACGGAGACUCUUUUAUCCUGUAAAAAUCCUUUUGAUAAUGUGAUAUUUUUUUGUGUCAACAAUGGCUAGUUGACUUCAGUAUUGUAUUAUUUUUUGGCAAAUACAUGGCUGAAAGCGACGAUUUUGUCAGCGGCACGCUAAAUGAAGAAAACCCCGAAGCUUUAUUCGACGCUUUUAUUGCAGCUUCGGAAUUCCUACCAACGUUAGAAGCGUUUUCUCGACUUUGUAAAAGCUUGAAUAUCGACACAAGCGGUUAUGAACACGUUUUCCGACUGCUGAAGGAACGAUUGAACAGUUGGAAGUGUCAAGCGUUGUGGUAUAAACUUGACAGAAGAGCGGAGCUUCAUACGUACAAGACGAAAGAUAAAAAAAAACCAUGUGCCAAGAACAAUGUCUUAAUCAUAGGCUGUGGGCCUUGUGGAUUGCGCGCUGCCAUCGAAGCCUCUCUACUCGGAGCGAAGGUUGUCGUUUUAGAAAAGCGAAAUAGCUUCUCUCGAAACAACGUGCUACAUCUAUGGCCAUUUCUUAUUGUUGAUCUUAAGAACUUGGGGGCAAAAAAAUUCUUCGGUCGAUUUGCUUCUGGUAGUCUAGAUCAUAUCAGCAUUCGUCGUCUUCAACUAAUUCUCCUCAAAGUUGCAUUGAUUUUUGGUGUUCAAGUGUAUUCAGAAUGCAUGUUUGUGAAACUACGAGAGCCUUCUGAAGGUCGAGGAUGGACGGCAGUUGUAAAGCCAGAAAAUCAUGUUGUUAAAAAGUUCCAGUUUGACGUCAUCAUUGGCACUGAUGGCCGCCGGCACACGCUCAAAGGCUUCAAAAGGAAAGAAUUCCGCGGAAAGCUUGCCAUUGCAAUCACCAUGAAUUUCAUUAACCGCAACACGAAAGCGGAGGCAAGGGUGGAGGAAAUAAGCGGUGUGGCGUUUAUAUUCAAUCAGGACUUUUUUCAAGAACUCAAGGAUGAAACUGGCAUCGAUUUGGAAAAUAUUGUUUAUUAUAAAGACGAAACUCACUACUUUGUCAUGACGGCAAAGAAGAAGAGUCUCUUGUGUAAAGGUGUUCUGAAAAAGGAUUUGGCAGAUCCGCAGGAUCUUCUUCACCAGCGGAAUGUCAAUCGUGAUAAACUUUUGAGCUACGCUAGGGAGGCCGCAGAUUUCUGUACAUCGAAGCAGCUGCCUCACCUGGACUUUGCAUUGAACUCUCACAACUCCGAAGACAUCGCCAUGUUUGAUUUUACUUCCAUGUACGCCGCGGAAAACGCCGCCAUGAUCUUCGACAUGAAAGGACAUCGUUUGUUGACUUGUCUUGCCGGCGACAGUUUAAUGGAGCCAUUUUGGCCGACAGGUUCCGGUUGCGCCAGGGGUUUUCUUUCCGUUUUUGAUGCCGCUUGGAUGAUAAGAGGCUGGGGUCUAGGUCAUCGUCCUAUCGACCUGAUCAUGGAACGCGAGGGCGUCUACAAACUCCUGGCUCAAACGACUGCCGAGAACGUGUCGAGGAAUUACGACGAAUACACGAUCGACCCAAAAUCGCGUUACCCACCAGCCAGCGUGAGGAAGGCGCUCAAGGAUUCUGUGAAGCAUCUGUAUAAGGUUGUACAGAAUUCCUUGGAGGAAAGUUUGGCUGAGGAGGCUGUAUCCCCGAAUGUGGACAUUGAUCGGCCAGCCAUUAUGCGGAACAAAGUUAGCCCCGAUCUGUUGUUGUCUUGGUGUCAGAAACAUACGAAAGGCUACAAGAACGUCGACAUCAGAGACAUGUCGUUUUCUUGGAAAAACGGUUUAGGAUUUUGCGCCCUCAUUCAUAACUUUCGGCCCGAUCUUAUUGAUUUUGAACGACUUAACGAAGAUGAUGUUGAGAAAAAUAACGAGACGGCUUUCAACAUCGCAGAAAAUGAGUUAGGCAUUCCGCCCCAGAUCUCCGCUUUCGAGAUGGCCAAUAAUGCAAAGCCGGAUUUGCUCAGCAUAGUGACUUAUCUCGCUCAAUAUUACGAAGCUUUUAAAGAUCAGAAACGAGUCCAACCAAACAACACGUCCAGCGGUAAAGUGUCGUCACAGGAGGCGAAGCACAAGUCACCGCGAUCCAAAGUUUCUGCUAUUUCCAAAAUAAGCAUGAAAAAUAAGGGUAAACGUAGAAACAAGGACGAGGUCGAGAGAUCUAGCAAGAAGUCGAAAGCGACAGAAAAGAAUCAGAUUUCUUCGAAGACGACCAAUGGUGUUGCUUCGGCGUAUAUAAAAACAAAUGAUUUUGAUGAAGAUAAUUUACAGAUCUCUGAAAAUGGUUACGUGAAACCCAGCAGCCGAAUAAAUGCGUUAGCCGAACAAGUUUUUGGCGUUACAGCGGAUCCAAAACAGCAGAGAAAGGCAACAUCCGACUUACCUACACGAUAUCAACAACAAUCGUUUAGUGAUAGUGAACAUUGUCAUUUCUGCAACGAGAGAGUGUUCGUUCUUGAAAGAUUGUCGGCCGAAGGAUUUUUCUUCCAUCGCAAAUGCUUUAAAUGCGAAGUAUGCGAAGAGACGUUGAGGUUGGGUAACUAUGGUUACAUACCAUCCGAAGACAACAAGCCCGGGAAAUUUUACUGCAAGGCACAUUACCGCAAGAUUAUGUACAAAACACCUACGGGCUCACAAAGCAAUAGGAAAAGUCUAGACGUGACCACGGUUUCUACUCCGGCUCGUCGAUCGCAUUCCCUGGGGAAUAUCGACGUGGGCUUGCGCAAGACGGCGGAGAAACCGAUUGACUUUGAGACCGCGUCUGAGGAGUCGCCACCGAAGAAAGUGCUCAAAGUACCCAAUAAUCUUCGCGAGGAAAUAAACAGUCUCAGUCCCCCACGUACUAGCACGCCGUCUAGUGACCACGAUGCAUCCUUAUUGGCCUCCUAUGACAUCAUCAAUACGAGUAGUGUGGAAAAAUCCAUGCAGGAGAAGUCAAACCAGGUUGGAGGUGAAUCGAGUCACGAAGGGAAGGCUGGAACGCCAUUAGGUCGAGCGGGUGCCAGCCGUAAGGCGGUCAACAAAUACGUCAAACUAGAAGCCAGGCCUCUUCGACGGUCCAGUAUAAGUGCAGCGCGAAAAUCCGAUAAAGGAACGCGUAGAUUGUUUCUUCACAAGAAGUCUCCCGCGGAAGGAAAGGUAAAGAAGAAAAAAGCUGCUAGUGAAAAUGUGCUCUCUCCUGAAUUGCCUGCUAGUCCACCACCUGUACCACCUCCUAAACCACCGCGGGCUCAUCAAGUUAAGAAUAUUGCCGAGCAGCCACAGUCUCCUGAACAAACAGGAAAGAGCGGGAAAGGAAAGCGUCGAAGGAACUCUAAACGGGCAAGAUACCCCGAAUCCAUGGCUUUCUCAGAUACAUUUUUAAUAACUAAGGUUUCGAGUAUUUCUAUUGAUGAUGACGUCAAUCCCAGUGAGCGUGGGGAUACUACAGAGGAUCUACGGGCGUGUUUGGGAGAGACCACUCCGAGGCGUGUCGGCUUGCAAUCUUCGCUCACAAGAAAGCGACGCAGUGCUGAUCCAAAGAAACAUUGGUCAGCUUAUUACAGGGCGGCGAUGAAUUCAGAUGAUUCAGCUGGUGAAGAAUCUAAAAGGCCACUAUCUCAACCGGAACCAUUAAAGGAAUCCGAGCUUCCUCCUAGUGAACCUCCUGCCGAUUCUCAGAAUGGUCUACCUACCCUCUACGAAGAUCGUGAGCUUUCACCGACGUCUCCUAACAAAAAACCAAAAUGGCAAAUCUUUGCCGUCCAUCACAAGAAGGACAAAAAGAGCAGGGAGGAAAAGAAACGGCUAAAGGAGGAACAAAAACGAGAAAAGAAGGAAAAGAAACGAUUGAAGAAAGAGAAGAAAUCAAAAGGAAAGGAGUAUAGGGAUGGCGCAGAAUCACCUGAAGUUAUACUCUGUGAAACAGAUGAGACCAAAUCACCAGACGUUUCUGAUGCUGGAAAACAAGACAACUUUUACGAAUCGAGUGAAGACGAAGACUGUCCUGAGUGGCAGCGUUUGGCAAGAAACAGAGAGAAACGAUUCCAGCUCGCUGAGAAUGAACGAGAAGCGCGGCGUCAGAAGAAAAACCAGCAGUUCUAUAUUAAACUCGAGAUGCGAGAGAGAGAACGCAAGCGGUUGAGAAUUGCUCAAUCCAUACAACGAGAGCUCGUUGAAUGCGAGGUUAGGCAACAAGAGCUCGAAACUCGUGCCGUUGUUGUGGAGAAGAAGAUGGCAUCGGUGGAAGCCGGCAACCCGAACGUGGAACAAAAAUUAAUGUUGGAGUGGUUUGACUUGGUUAAUAGGAAGAACACUUUAGUCCGUUAUGAGUCGGAGCUCGUCAUUAGAUCGACUUCAAUUGAACUUGAAGAUAAACAGCAACAUCUUGAACUGCAGAUCAGAGAACUCAUGAUGAAAGAUGUAUCUACUGAAGAAGAUCAAACCAUGAUCGGCUUGUUGACGCGAGAGUUAGUUGAUAUCGUAGACCAAAGAAAUUCUUUGGUGGAACUGUUAGAUAACGAUAGAAAACGUGAAAUCGAGGAAGACAUGCAGUUUGAAACAAUGAUGGCAUCAAAAGGUUUAGUACUGCCAUCAUGAUCAUACUCACCUCUGGUUGGUUUUCGUUUUACGAAAAUGAAAUUACUUAUGGCAUCACUGAUCUAUCCAUCUCCGACAACGAUAUACAAUAUUUGUUUAGUUUAUUGUAAAGAACAUUGUGGUCACAUGACCUUAUAGAUAUAUAUUACAAAUUAUACCGAACAAUUUAUUCAAAGUUGGACUUAAUUUACAGCAGUGGCAUUGCUACUACGGAGGAAACUGAGUUAAAAGUUUUAAAUAGUCUAGUUGACAAAUUCAUAGUAGCUAACAAUAGAAGCUUGUAAUUUUUCAAAGGGGUAGACCCCAGACUUCCCUCACUAUUGACAUUAACAGCAUCCCCAAAGUUGAAACAUCCCGUCCGAUGUGAAUUACAUUACUUUAUAGACUAGUGAUGUAACAACUAAACAUAUAUUUUUUGUUUUACUCUGUGUUUUCAAAAUGAUGUUUUGUCGACAGCAUUUGUUCCUGAAUGUUCGAUAUUCACAUGAAGCAUAGAACAUAUCUAGAAGGGUGAAAACUGAAAAAUAAAUCCAGGAUAUCUAGUUGAAACUCCUAUCCAAAAAACUGUUACUUAGUUGAAUGUGAUAAUAUAACAGACCUGUUUAAA